CGAAUAUACAUCUUAGUCACGAUUCAAAGAAAUAUAUACUUGUAUUAUGCACUAUCAUGCAUUGCCUGAAGAUAAAUACGUACGAUAAUAGGCAGAUGUAUGGAUGUGUAGAUCGAAUUCCAAAGUACUGUCUCUGCUGUUUUUGCUUCUCCUGACGAAUAUAUAUAUCCCGCGAGUGAACGAGACGAGCAGAGAUAUUAUUAUGCCAACUUUGACGAAUCUACCGCCGAUAGCGAGGCUGUCCAGCAAAGUCAUCCGGAUUCUAGGAUGCAAUCCUGGACCGAUGACGUUACAGGGCACCAAUAGUUAUCUCGUAGGCACUGGGCACAGACGUGUAUUGGUCGAUUCAACGGAAACCAAAACAGCUGACGCCUAUACAAAGCUUUUAAAGAAUGUUCUAAACGAGGAAAAAGCUAUCAUCGAGCACUUGGUGAUCACCCAUUGGCAUCAUGAUCAUAUUGGGGGAGUGGAACCUGUGCAAAACUUGCUGAAGAAGUUGUUUCCCUCGGACAAGCAGCCCACUGUGUGGAAACUGCCGCGAUCGUCAAACCAGGAAAAAUCGGAUGAUGAGAAGUCCAUCCAAUGGGAAUCUCUAAGGGAUGAUCAAGUGGUGGAAGUUGAAGGAGCAAAGCUCCAGGUGAAGUAUACGCCAGGACAUACUAGCGACCAUGCUUGUCUGCUGUUGCAAGAUGAAAAUAUCCUAUUCAGCGGCGACUGUAUCCUCGGAGAAGGCACGUCAGUCUUCGAGGAUCUCCACGAUUACAUGCUGUCGCUGGAUAAGAUCCUGCAGAUGCGGCCCAAGACGAUUUAUCCGGGCCAUGGGCCGGUUCUAAACGAUCCGUUGCCACAUAUACAGUAUUACAUCAAUCACAGGAAGCAGAGAGAAGAGGACAUUCUGCGGGUACUGGCAGAACAUGGAAAUGAUAAGUCAAUGACAGGAAUGGAUAUUGUUAAGCUGAUAUACAAGGAUACCCCGGAAAACCUGUGGAUAGCCGCAGCAUUUACAGUGAACCAUCACCUUCACAAGCUACAAAAAGAGGGAAAAGUGUUACAGGAACAAGAAGGUGGUUGGUGGAUAAUUAAAAGCAAAAUAUGAAUAUAUCAUAUGGAAUAUCUAGAAAAUUAAAAUUGAAUAUUUAAACUGUGAUUAUUUAAAAUACAAAUAUUGGAGCGGAGAAUUUAUAAAUUGCAUCCAAAUCCUGGCAUUCGGAAAGCUGUAAGAAGCCCUAAUUAUAUAUUUUAUAUACAUAUAUAAAUUUUUAUUAAAAUAUAAAGGUUUCACAACACAAGAAACUCUAAUGAUGCAAGAUUACCUGGAUCAAUG